AUGACGCUUGCCGCCCAUCUGGCAGCCGGGCUGAACCUCUUUGCUCUGUCCCCCCUACUUCCACUGGCAAUCGAGGAAUACGGGAUCAGCCAUUGGGCGGCGGGGAUGCUGGUAUCCCUACCCAUGCUGGUUGCCGCGGGUAUCGGGAUCCCCGGCGGUAUCCUCAUCGCCCGCAUAGGUGUUAAACGGGCCUAUAUGUGGGCGUGGGUGGCCAUGGCGUUGCUGGCCCUCGCACCGGUCGUUCCCAACUUUUGGGUGUUGCUGGCGCUGCGCCUGGCAUACGGCGUGGGUCUGGCGUUUGUGGUGGUGGCUACCGGCCCGCUGGUGAUGCAGUGGUUCAAGCCCAAGGAAAUGCUGGUUAUCAACUCUCUGAAUACUGCCAUCCUGAGUGCGGGUGUGGCAGUCUCUUUGGCGGGUGCCGUUCCGCUGGCCGAUUUGCUGGGCUGGAAGAUGACCCUGACGGUGUUCUCAAGCGUCGGAAUCAUCGGGACCGUGCUGUGGCCGCUGGCGCCCAAAGAUGGGCAGAACGGGACAGACCAAGCGAAGGGUAUUUCAAUUCGAGAGGUCUUGAGGGUCCUCCGCGGAAGGGCCGUGGUGCUUCUCGUAGCCGCCGACGCGGGAAUCUUUAUUCAAUACACGGCAUUGACCACUUGGUUGCCAACAUUCUACGGAGAGGAGCGAGGAAUUUCUCCCCAAGAGGCGGGAUUCAUCACAAGCAUUCUGCCAUUCAUUGGGAUAUUCGCGGUCCUUGCUGGAGGCGCAGUUCCACUGUUGUUUGAGUCCUACCGAUCAGCAUUUCAGCGCUUCGGAGGGCUGGGCGACUUUCUUUUCUCCUACCGCGGAGUGAUGGCUUUCUCAGGGGUAUUGGCAAUUGUAGGCGGGCUGGGAACAUUCUUAUUAGGAAAUUUGCUUGGAAUUUAUGUCUCGGUUGUGGUGCUGGGCAUAGGAUCCUGGUUCUAUGUCCCGGCUCUGCUCACGAUUCCAAUGAGGUUGGAGGGAGCGACUCCGGAGCGGGUGGCAGCGGUUUGGGGAUCAUAUAUGACCUUCUCGGGUCUAGGGAUGUUCAUAUUCCCGAUCCUCGUGGAUGUAACCAUGGCGGUGGAACCCUUCAAGAUCGAUAUUCCUGAUUCUGUGCUGGACGAUCUCAAGGCAAGGCUGGAGCGCACGCGGUGGCCCGACGAACUCCCCGGCGUCGGCUGGGAGUACGGCUCCAACAUGGAUUACAUCAAGGAACUGGUGGAGUACUGGAAGAACGACUUCAACUGGCGCAAGCAGGAGGAGCUGAUCAACAGCUUCUCCCACUUCAAGGCGCCGGUGGACGGGCGGCAGGUACACUUCAUCCACGAAAAGGGGAAAGGGCCGAACCCGCUGCCGCUGAUCAUCACUCACGGCUGGCCCGGCACUUUCUUCGAGAUGCACAAGGUCAUACCCCUUCUUUCCGACCCUGCGGCCCACGGCGGCGACCCGGCCGACGCCUUUGACGUGGUGGCGCCGUCGAUGCCCGGAUACGGCUUUUCUGAUGCGGCCCAGGAGCGAGGCCUGGAUGUGCUGGCCGUUGGCGACGUCAUGGCCAAGCUUAUGCACGAGCAGCUGGGCUAUGAUCGUUUUGGUGCACAGGGUGGCGACUGGGGCGCCAGCGUCACUGCGCGGCUGGGCCACUCGCACUCCGAUCACUGCAUCGGCAUACACACUACCUCGGUCACCCGCCCCACUCCAUAUAUGGGACCAGACGCUGGGUUACGGCCUCAACGACUCCCCGGCAGGAUUGUGCGCCUGGAUCGUCGAAAGUACCGCACCUGGAGCGACUGCCACGGCGAUGUAGAGUCCAAGUUCACCAAGGACGAACUGCUGACCACCGUGACCAUCUACUGGGUAACGCAGUCCAUCAACUCCUCCACCCGCCUGUACUACGAGACACUGCGCAAGCCAUGGGACUUCUCCCAGGGAGAGCGCAUCAACGUGCCGGUGGGCGUCGCGGUGUUCCCAGCCGAGAUCAGCCGCGCUCCACGGGAAUGGGCGGAGCGUUCCUACAACGUGCAGCAGUGGACGGUGAUGCCCAGCGGGGGCCACUUUGCGGCCCUCGAGGAGCCGGAGCUACUGGUGGAGGACGUUCGCAACCACUUCCGCUCCCUGCGUUAG